CAGAUCUUCCAAAACCCUCCUCAGUCUUCACUCACUCAAUCAAUACACAAAGUUCAAGCUCAACCAUGGACUCUCCACCUCUCUCUCACCAAUCUGAGCCUCGAUCUGGGACUAAAUCAGCCUCCCGCCUCACUCGGACUGGGGAAAUCGAUCAAGGAGGCCAAGAAAGGCCUAAAAUCUCUCUCGAUCUCAGCACACUGUCACCAAGUAAAACUCUGUCUCCUUCUAAUCCUCUUCCUCUCCACGAACUCUUACUUCUUUCGCCUUCGCCGCUUCGAAGAUCGAGAACCCGGCUCACUGAAAGGAUAGACAUGGGGGAAGAGCCUCUAGAGGCCACUGGAUCUCGAAGGCGGUGCAAGAGCAGAAUUAGCCAGAUGGGGGUAUUGGGGUGUGCUUCUCCAAGGAAUGCCCGAAGGCCUCGGAGGAGGGUGGAGCAAGAUGUGAGAGAAGACAAGGAUUUUGGUAUGGCGGAGGAGAUGGGAAAGUUGAGGAAAAGGCGGCAUAGCGGGCGGUCGAGGAAGGAGAAGUUGAGUUUGGUUCCCUCUGUUCCUUCUUCAAGUUCAUCUCCAAAAGCCAAUGAAGAUGACCUCAGUAACCUACACAGAAUCGGGCAGCUAGUCACUGAUUUGAUAAUGUGGAAAGAUGCUUCCAAAUCAACCUUUUGGUUCGGUUUUGGCUCUGUUUGCUUCCUCUCCUCCUGUUUUACCAGAGGAAUAAGCUUUAGUAUUUUCUCGGCAAUCUCCCAGCUGGGACUUUUAUUUCUCGGUUUGUCGUUCUUCUCAAACUCACUGUACCAAAGGGAUAAUGUUGAAAAGAGACGCGAGUUUAAGCUCAAGGAAGACGACAUUUUGCGAGUGGCCAGAGCUAUACUUCCAGCUACAAAUCUUGCCAUUUCAAAGACAAUACAACUUUUUUCAGGGGAACCAUCCAUGACCCUCAAGGUUGCCCCAUUCUUCCUUGUGGGAGCUGAGUAUGGCCAUCUUCUAACAGUAAGGAGACUCUGUGCACUCGGGUUUUUCAUCAGCUUCACCAUCCCAAAGCUUUACUCUUGCUACUCUGCUCAGAUAAACACGCGAGUUGAGUACUUGAAAGGGUGGGUGGUGGAAGCAUGGGGAGCCUGCUCUCACAAGAAGAUAGUUGCAGCAUCAGCAGUCACAGUAUUUUGGAAUCUAUCUGCUAUCAAAACACGGAUUUUUGCAGCAUUUAUAUCUCUGGUAAUACUCCGAUAUCAUCGGCAGCAAUCAGAAGCAAACAUGGAAGAAAGGGAAGCAGAAGGAGAGGAAAAAGAGCAGCAGCAGCAGCCACAACUCACAAUGGUUGUGGGAGGAGGAGGAGGAGGAGGAGGAUCCCAGAAGUAGAGUAGCAGUUUGAUUUCUCCCAUUCUGAAUCCCAUUUUAUUUGUUUACUUUUCUGCUGAGUGGAUGAGUCUCUCUCCAUAUAUAGCACUAACAGCUGAUGGAAAACAUGUAGUGGAAGAUGUGAUCACAGCUUACUUGUAUAAAUAAAAAUGCCUCUGCCUUUUUUGCCUAUUUAAA